UUUUUACUAGUAGCGCAGAAAUCGUGUGAAGUGGUUGAAUAUUUAUUUAAGGCUCCGAGAAAAAGAAGCCAAAUAAAAAAAAAAUGUCACAAAUUUUACGAAAUAUUUUUCAUGAAUACGAUCCUAUAGCCUCGCAAUUGCCCUUUUUGGGUUCACCAGUGCCCAUCCUCACACUUACACUAUGCUACCUCGCCUUUGUGCUGAUUAUCGGUCCUGUGUUUAUGCGAAAUCGGAAACCGUUUAAUAUAAAAUCUGUGAUAUUAGUCUACAAUUUCCUGCAAGUAAUAGUCAACUGCUGGUUAAGUUACGUGUUUGUAGCCACAUUUUACACACAUCGCGCUGAAGUGCCCGACUUCGGUUGCCUCACGAAAUUUCAACACUCACCCAAGCUGGAAAAACUCAACGUAUAUGGCGUCUACGCAUUCUACAUGCUGAAGGUGAUCGAUUACAUCGAAACGGUUUUCUUUGUGCUGCGCAAGAGCUUUAAGCAGGUCUCGUUUCUGCACGUCUAUCACCACAUAAUGAUGAGCCUGUUUUUGUAUUAUCUGGGUACUUACUAUGGCAGCGCCGGUCAAUACGCCAGCGUCGUCGCCUUAAACUGCGCGGUGCAUGCUUUCAUGUACACCUAUUACUUUGUGUCAGCUCUUCAGCCAAAUAUGAAGCUGGGACUGUGGUGGAAGAAAUACAUUACGAUAUUGCAAUUGUCGCACUUCGUAUUAGUGCUAUUCCAUCAUUCCUAUCCGCUGCUCUUCCGGCCGAAGUGUGACUUCCCCAAGGGUCUGCUGUGGUUUGCUGUGUGUCAAGCGUUGAUAAUGCUCUGGCUCUUUGGCAAUUUCUAUCGGCGAACAUAUAUGCGAGUUGGUCAAACUGGAGGAGUGGUGAAAAAUGGUGGAAAAAGUGUUAAGAAUAAUUAAGUACCUAAUUGUUGACAUAAUUUUCAUUAAUAAACGAGAUAAUAACUUA